AUGGUGGCUGUGACAUGGUCUAGGUUAAAGCAGACUGUUGAAAUCGAAGAGAGUGUCCUCGGCAUUCUACAGAAGGAACAGAGAUCAGUGACAACAGCCGAACUUGUGAAAGCAUCAGGACACGGAGAGAAAAAGGAAAUCAACAAAAUAUUAUACAAACUUCAACGGCAGGGAGUCAUCAUAAAAGUGUGCGAAUCUCCCCCCAAAUGGGGACUCAAGCAUCCUGUUACUCUGGAACAAGACAUCCACGAUAAUACACAAGAAGUAGACAACGUGGAUAUAAACAUUGAUGCUAAUGAGGACAGCAUUGCUGAUGAGGAACCUGAUGAACAAGAUAUAGAUUCAAUGGAAACUCAGACUGUAACUAUGGCAACCGCAAUAAAAAUGGAACAGAUGACUUCAAGUGAAAUUAAUGUGAACAAUGGUCGCGAUGAAGUAGAAAUGAAAAGUGAAACCAUUGAUGUACAUCUGCCAAAGACCAACAGUAAUGGCGAUUUCAAACUUCAAAUGCAGAUGGCGGCAGUGACAGCAGUGCAGGCAUCCAACAAUGAUAUGAUGGUCGUAAAUAAUAAUAAAGAAACUCUGAGGGCUCAGUUGUUAAAUGCACUGAAUGCACAAAUGGAACCUAUCCAUGCAAAUAACCUUGCUAAACUGGUUGGAUUGAAUAGCAAAAAAGAUAUUAAUCCAGUCUUGUUUCCGAUGCAGAAUAUGGGACUAGUUUUGAAAGUGUCAAACGUCCCUCCAAAGUGGAUCAUUACCGAUAAAGGUACUGAAUCUUUGACAGCAUCACCGACGCAACAGGCAGCGACUUUACAGAUACCGCCCGAUCCUCAACAGAUCAUACAACAGUUAGGUGCUAACACUUUCAUGCAACCUCCAGCAUCGAUGGUACAAGUCCAUAAAAGUGACCUUGAAAAGUCUCUCUUACAGGCCCUGCUGAUGCGUGAGAAUUAUAAAGCUGCUGAACUUGCCAGAGCCGUUGGAUUUCAGAGCAAGAAAGACAUCAAUCCUACACUGUUCCACUUACAAAGGAGAGGAUUAACUAAAAAGAUAAAUGACUCUCCUCCUACCUGGUGUAUCACUGUAAAAGGGAAAGAACAGAUUGAAUGUAUUUUAGCGGAGUGUGGGGAAGAUAUCCAGUCACGAGGAGAAGGACUUGAGGAAGAUGAAAACUUAGAGAGACGAGGGUCUCUAGCAGAAGAUGAAGUGAUGACACAGCAAAUCACUCUACCAGCCAACAUGUGUACUGGUACAAGUUCUUCCUUAUCUCCUGCUGCUACGUUUACCAGUGAAACAUUUGCUGUGAUCAAUAAGAACCCCAUCAGUGCUUUGAUGGAGUAUGCACAGUCUAGACAGUACAAAUGUUCCAUAGAAGUGCUGUAUCAGAGCGGUCCACCACAUAGUCCACGGUUUACCAUGGCGGCUAUAGUGAAUGGACGCCGUUUUCCGUCCGUUAUCAGUAAAUCUAAAAAAGACGGUAAACGAGAAGCUGCAGAUAAAGCAUUGCGUGUCCUGAUUGCUGAAGGAUUAAUUCAAACUCAACAAACCCAGCCAUCAACGUUAGCCAAUGAUAACAAGAUUCUAAAUGGUGAAAGUCUUCAUGCUGAUAAUAUUGCUGCCCUUAGCCAUCAGACCUUUAAUGCGGUUGUGGCUAAUCUCCCAGAAUGCAUUUCAGGUCGAAAGAUUUUGGCAGCACUAGUGAUGUUAAGAGAAACAGAAGAACUUGGCACUGUCAUAAGUUUAGGAACUGGCAACCGUUGUGUGACAGGUGAUAUGUUGAGCUUGGAAGGCCAUACAGUCAACGACUCACAUGCUGAAAUCAUAACAAGAAGAUCAUUCCUAAGCAUCCAAGGGUUAUUAAGAACUAAAAUGGAAGGAGGCGAAGGUACGAUUCCUAUAGAUCCUGAGAGUUCAGUACAGACUUGGGAUGGCAUUAUUCGUGGUGAAAGAUUACGUACAAUGUCAUGUAGUGACAAAAUAGCAAGAUGGAAUUUAUUGGGUCUACAGGGAGCACUGCUUACUCAUUUUAUACAGCCUAUCUAUUUAGCUUCUAUUACACUUGGGUCUUUGUAUCAUCAUGGACAUCUAUCCCGGGCAGUAUGUUGUCGAUUAAACGCUGGUAACCAUGACAUUAAGAUGUCAUUACCACAAGAUUACCGGUUACAUCAUCCUCAGUUAGGUUGUGUCACUGCAUUCGAACCACCAAGAGAGACAGAGAAGACUAAAGCACUGAGCAUCAAUUGGUGUGUUAACGACUCCAAAGCUGAAGUCACUGAUGGAACCAAAGGCAAAUGUCUAGAAAGAUCAGGUCAGUCAAACGUUUCUGUUGUCGCCAAGGCAUCAAUUUAUCAAGAGUUUCGCAAAUUAUGCGAGAAGAUGAAUCGCAACGAUUUACUUGAAUCGGCUACCUACCAUCAGGCUAAAAAGAUGGCCAGAGAGUACCAACAAGCUAAAGCGUACAUGAUUGAAUGUUUUGAGAAAAAUAAUCAUGGCAGAUGGAUGCUCAAACCACCAGAAGAAGAAAUGUUUUCUGUUUAA